AUGGGCAGGGGGCCCCCACCUUCCAAGGAAAUGACCCUGCCUCUGAUAUUUGAAGGCUGUCACCUGGACUUGAGCCAGACAUUCUCUGCUGGUCAGAGGUCAGUGCAGAGAGGUCGCAGGCAGGCCCAUGAGGGCGUUGGGCUCGGGAAGGGCCAGGAACAAACCCAGUUAAGGCCACUCGAGGUGCAAGAGGAAUCUGUCUGGAGUCUGGCCUUCAAGCAGAAACAGUUCACUUUCUAUUGUGCAGAGAACACAAAGCAUUUUGUCAGUCGAAGCCUCGUGUUAGGAGAGGCCCUCUCCACAGCAGAUGUGGCCACAGCGGUAAAGUGUGGAAUAAUUUAUUGGCUAUUUGGUGGUGCGAUUGGGAAUCUUGGAAGCCCAGGACAGGUAGGUAAGUGGCUUCAGCCACUCCAAGAGCAGAAAUACACUGGGAUGUUUGCAAUGACCGAGUGGGGCCAUGGGAGCAAUGUGAGAGGGAUCCAGACCGAAACCACUUUUGAUCUCUCUGCACAGGAGUUUGUCAUCCACAUACCAUGUGAAGAUGCUGAGAAGAUGUACAUCAGAAAUGCCACAUAUGGAAACUAUGCCGUGGUCUUUGCCCAGCUCAUCAUACAUGGGAGCUCUCAAAGGCCCCGCUGCUUUAUUGCUCUUGUUCGCGAUGAAAACAGAAGCUUGUACCCAGGAGUGACUGGGGUUGAUAUGAUGUACCAAGAAGGUCUGCAUGGUGUGGAUAAUGGGAUUUUAAUAUUUGACAAGGUUCGGAUACCAAGGGACAACCUGCUGGAUAAGUUUGGUUCUGUGGCUCCAGAUGGGCAAUACCAUUCCCCUAUUAAGAACAAGAAUGCAAGAUUCAGUGCGAUGCUGGCAGCACUGACCCCUUCGAGACUGGCUGUGACUUCCCAAGUUGUAGGCACCAUGCAGCUUGGGUUGACGAUAGCCAUUCACUACAGCCACAGCCAGAGGCAGUUUGGGCCCAAAGGCAAGGAAGAGGUCAAGAUCAUUGAUUACCAAAUGCAGACCCUUGGAUUGAAAUCAUACAAAGUGUAUUCUCUGGCCCUGACCAGUGUUUCUCAGUAUGCUGGGGUCCUCCUGGACGAUGAUGUCUUCCAGGGGAAGGAGCUGGUACACAGUCGCCCAUUGCAGGCACUGGUGGCAGGGCUGAAGGCCUACAGCACCUGGGAGAACAUUCGCUGUCUGCAGGACAGCUGUGAGUGCACCGGAGGCGUGGCUGUGGUGCAGGAACUGCUGGCUCAAUAUACCAACUAUGAAGAAAGGCCACUUGUUAGUCUGCUCUGAAGCUGGGCUAGGUCUGUGGGUGACAAGCUCAGAACCAGUUUCCUGGCAUUUAACAUGGACGCAGUUGGUAAUCUCACCUUCCUAUUGAAAGCAGUGAAUUUUCGUGAAACUGAUCUUCUGCAUGGUUUGUUAGCCAGAAUACAUUAUCAGGUGGUGACCAAGAAGGAAGACUUCUUCAGUGCCUGGAAGUCGCGUCUGCAUCAUGUCGCCUGCCUGCCCCUGGUGCACAUUCACAGAGUUACUUUAGAGCAGUUCUCCCUGGCAGUGAGGCAUUGUCGUGACCAAGAGGACCAGGCACUAUUAAUGAAGUUUUGUCUGUUGUGUGGAACCAAGCUGGUGUUCCAGGAGAGAGCCUGCCAUCUAGAACAUAAAUAUUUGACUCCUACAGUGAGCAUGAGGAUUAGGAGUCAGUUGCUGGAUUUGUGUGACUCGGUGAAGGAUGAUGCCCUGAGGGUUAUCUCUGCCUUUAACAUUCCGCGUACAGACCUGCACGCGCCAAUCGCUGGAAUCACCAACCCACUGUCCACCUGGGCUUUUUACCCCACGCCGCCGCAGCCCCCAGCCCCGGAAUGGGCACACUCUCCGCGGCCGAAACCUGGAGCCAAAUUGUAG